GCUUCCUCCAUGUGCAGGAGUUACCCAACUACUAAUAUCUACUAUGCUUUCAUCAAUAUUACGAAAUAUCCUCCAUUAACACUUAUAAACAUUAUACAAACAAGUGAUAUUUAUACAUUGGUAAGGUGGUCCUAUCGGUAGGCGAAGGUAUAUCGAAUUUUGGUGUGAAAUAACGGAAAAUUCAUCGGGAUAUUGAGUAGAAUAUAUUCCAUUCAGUAUAUAGCAUAGCCCUAACCGACAGUAUGGAUCAGUCUAUAGAACUACAUUUUGAUGCUGGUACCAGAGCAUUUGUACUUCAAAGUAACGGUCAUUCACUAAUUGUUCGACAUCCAUUCCCUACAUUCACAAAUGAAUCCAGACAUACCAUUCAUCGACUUGGAGGUAGAAGUUCAAGUUCCAAAUCCAAAUCCAAAUCCAAAUCCAAUUCUAAUUCUAAUGCCAAUGGUUCAACUCUUUCUAAUAAAGUACUAGUGGAAUUUGUACGACUGGAUUAUCUUGAUAUGGCAAGUUUCAUUAAUAUAACACCUAAACGAAAGAAAUUACUUCGAUUUUUAGGUUUAUUAUAUAUAAAGGGUAAUACUUAUCUUGGAUUUAUAACAGGAGAAGAAACUGUUGCUUAUUCAAUUGGGGAUAGAAUUAUGAGAAUUACUAGUGUGGACUUUUAUUGUUUGAAUAGUGAUGAAUAUGAUCAUUAUCUACAAAUUGAUGAUAUGCCUGAUCCAACAAGAGAAGGUAAUAAACCUCAUAUAUAUCCUGCUUCAUCAGUUCGAAAAUUCUUAAUGAGUGGUUCAUUUUAUUAUCUGAAAUCUUUUGAUAUAACUACUCAUUUUGGUCAUAGAUUUACUUAUUCUAAAAUGAAAACAAGAUUAGUUGGUGAUAAUCCUUAUUUUCGAGUAUUUAUGUGGAAUUCAUUUAUGGUAUCUGAAUUUAUAGAUUUUAGAAAUCGUUUAACAUCUGAUGAACAAAUUUCAUUUGAUGUUUGUGGAUUUUUAACAACAAUAACUAGAGGUUUUGCUCAAACUUUAGAUACAACUAUUGGAGAUUCUCGAGCUCAAUUAACUAUAAUUACAAAACAAUCAUGUUUUAAAAAUGGUCCAUUAUUUGGAGAAUGGGGGUGUGAUGAAGAUGGAGCUGUAUCUAAUUUUUCAGAAUCAGAAGUCUUGGUUCAUACAAACAAAUAUUGCUUUUCUUAUGUAAUAAUAAGAGGAAAUGUCCCAAUAUAUUGGGAACUAGAAAGUAAAAUUAUGAAGAAGAAUAUAUUAUCAAGUAAGAAAGUACUCUUAGGAAGAUCAUUUGAAUCAUCUCAAUUUGCAUUUAAGAAACAUUUUGAAGAAUUAGAACGUCAAUUUGGUCAUAUUCAUAUUAUAAAUGCAAUAUCUCGAGAUCCAAAAUCUUAUAAGGGAAUAUUAACUCAAGCUUAUGAAGAACAUAUUAAAUUUUUAAAUAAAUCAAGAGAUGAUGAAAUUAAAGAAGGUAUAUUAACUGAAUCUCAACCAAAUAAAUUAAGUUAUACUUAUCUUCCAAUAACUACGUCAAAUAUGAAAAAGUAUGGUUAUAGUAAUCGAACUCAACCAGAUAUUUAUCAUGUAUUACAAGAUUCAAUUUAUAGAUAUCAAGCAACAGUAUAUGAUAUUGAAGAUGGGAAAUUUACUAAUAAACAAUUGGCAGUAUUUCGAAUAAAUUCAUUUGAUAGUCUUACAAAAGCCAAUUAUAUAUCUAAAGUUGUAAGUCAAGAAUUAAUUCUUUCAGCAUUUAGAAUUCCUAUUGGAGAAGAUGUUGUAUUUAAACAUGCAAAAUUAUGGGCAAAUAAUGAUGAACAAAUAUCUAAAAUUACUGAAGAUUAUAUUUCAACAUCAAAUAAAUUAAAUACUUCAAGAUCAAUGACAACAAAGGCAGCAUCAUCAGUUAAAUCACAAAUAAGUAAGAAAUAUUUUAUGGAUAUUAAACCAACCACUUCAGGAAUGUUAAAAUUAUUAGGAAAGAUGGAAGAACAAAUUAAUAUAAGUAUUUUAAAUCCAAUUCAUGAUUAUGUAUCUAAAAAGUUAGCCAAAGAAUCUCAAUAUUAUAGUUCAGAAGGUGAAAUUAGUUUAUUUGCUGCAACAUUUAAUGUUAAUGGUAUAAAUUAUGAAGGAGAUUUAAAAGAUUGGUUAUAUCCAUCAAAUGUUAAAGAUCAAGAUUAUAAUUUAGUAUUUGUAGGAUUUCAAGAAAUUGUUCAAUUAAAUGCAUCACAAAUGAUUAAUACUGAUGCAUCUAAUUUAACUUCAUGGGAAAGAAAUAUUUUAAAAUGUUUAAAUCAAUAUUCACCCCAAAAUUCUAAAUAUGUAUCCAUGUGGAAUGGACAAAUUGGUGGAAUUGCUCAUUUAGUAUUUAUUAAAGAAUCUGAUCUUAAUAAAAUUAGUUAUGUAGAAGGUUCACUUAAAAAGACAGGAUUUGGAGGUAUAAGUGCUAAUAAAGGUGCAACAGCUGUAAGUUUUAAAUAUGGUACAACUAGUUUUUGUUUUGUAACUUCUCAUCUUGCAGCUGGAUUUAAUAAUGUUGAUGAAAGACAUCAUAAUUAUAAAAGUAUUAUGAAAAAUAUAACAUUUUCAAAAAAUCGAAAAAUUAGAAAUCAUGAUGUUGUUAUAUGGUUAGGAGAUUUUAAUUAUAGAAUAUCUUUACCAUAUAAAAAUGUUAUUGAAUUAAUUGAAGAAAAGAAUUAUAAUAAAUUAUUUGAAUUUGAUCAAUUAAAUUUAGAAAUGGCUAAUGGAGAAAGUUUCCCAUAUUUUGCUGAACUGGAAAUUAAUUUUCCUCCAACUUACAAAUUUAAUAAUGGAUCUCAUGAAUAUGAUACCAGUGAAAAGCAAAGAGUACCUGCUUGGACAGAUAGAAUCUUAUAUUUAUCUCGAGUUGUUAAACCAAUUAAUUAUGGAUGUGUAAGAGAUAUAAUGUUUUCUGAUCAUCGACCUGUUUAUGGACAAUUUAAGAUAAAAGUAACAACAAUUGAUAAACAAAAAAUGUCAGAAUUAAGUUCGAAAUUUUAUGCUGAAUAUAAAAAGGAACCAGGAAAUGAAAAAUUCAUUUUUGGAUCGGAUUUUUCAUUUUUAUUAGAUGAUGAUCGUCAAGCAUUACCAGCUCCAAGUUCAGAAAUUAAUAAAUGGUGGUUAGAAGGAGGGAAAUCAGCUAAAAUAAAUAUUCCAGAACUCAAUAAUGAUGAACUUGAACCGGAUAAACAUCAUGUUAUAAACCCUCGAUUACCUAUUAACCCUUUUGAACCCACAAAUGAACCGGAAGUCAUUCUCAAAAAGCUAUAUUAGACAGACUUAGAUUAGAUAAAAAGUUUAUAUCA